AUGUCACUCGCGAAGAUGCCUACUGAUUGGAGCGACGUAUACACCGUCGCCAUCAGCGUGGGCCUUAACAACCAGAAUAUGAGCGUACAAGUAGACAUGGGCUCUUCUGAUCUCUGGUUGGCAUCAAAACAAUGUAGCACAUCCGCGUGCUCGUCAACAGGUGGAAGACUAUACGAUCCUUCAACAGCAACGGCCACGAAUGUCGACUUUAGUAUCAGCUAUCUGGCGGGAAGCGUUACUGGACCUAUAUAUUGGGAUCAGGUCACGCUUGGAGGGUAUACCGUCUCAAAUCAGGCGUUAGCCGCCGCCACAACAGUCGAUUCCGAACCCCUCGAAUACGAAUUCGACGGCAUUUUAGGCCUCGCUCUCCCCCUCAACUCCGUUAUCGCCCAACAACUCCCAGCAACGACGUCAGACGCUCCCGACGGCGCCGUCUUCGCAUCGAAUCUCUUCGGCCUCGCACCAUCCACCUCCGCACCCUCCUCCCGCUUCAUCUCACUCUCCCUCGCCCGUCCCGGAUCGACUUCCCCUUCAUCUUUCCUGGGCAUCGGUCGACAUCCAAGCGAAAUCUUGGACGAUCCGAGUAAGGUGACUUAUAGCAGGGUGUUGGCCGAAAGCACUGGGGAGUUCUUUUGGAGACUUAAUGUGAGGGGACUCACGGUCUACGUGGAUGGGGAUGCGAAGGAGAUAGAUUUGGGCAGGGGGAAGAGCGGAGGCGUGUUUCCGUCCGCCGUCUUGGAUAGCGGUGUCCCGGUGAUUCUGACCAGUACGAGCAUUGCGAACGGUAUCUAUGGGGCUUUGGGGAUCGGACCGGCAAGUGAUGGGAGUUACUACGUCCCGUGCACGACGCCACUCAACAUGACCAUCACCCUCGACGGCCAAAGCGAAACCACCCUCCAUCCACUCGACCUCACCGCCUUCCCCCAACAAGCCGGUUCAACAUCCACCACCGGCUCCUGUAUCGGCCUCAUCCAAACCGCCAACGGAGAAAUGGACGACGCCAGCAGCGGUCUGGACGAUUUCGUACUCGGCGUUCCCUUUCUACGAAACACAUACACCGUCAUGGCGUACGAGGUACCGGAUUCGAACGGCAAUUUUAAUGCGUCUGGAUCAGGAACGGGGACGGAGAUGUUGAACGACGAUAUCAACCCGAGGUUGGGAUUGCUGGGGCUGACGGAUCCGACCAAGGCGUUGGAGGAGUUCAAUACGGUGAGGGUGUUGAACCAGCCGUUGUCGAACAGCAAUAGCUCGUCGAGCGGGACUGGCGCGGAUGCUACCGGAGGGGAUAAAAAGUUAAGCGUAGGACUGGACGUCCUGAUCGGGUUGAUCGGGUUCUUCGCGUUUUGUUUGGCGCUCUUCGGGGGGAGGUGGUGGUUUAUGAGGCGGAGAUGGAGAAGGGCAGGAGGGAGGGAGAGGGGAGUGGAUGAGUUUGCGGACGGGGAUAGAAAGAUGGAUGUGCUUGGUGGUGCAGCGUAUAGGCUCGCGAGGAGGACCUCGGAGACUAAUGGGGAAGAUGAGCGCGGACAUCUGAGCGAAGAUACGCUGCGGGCGAUCAGAUUCGAGGAGUAUAAGCGACGGACGGGGGUUUCUAGCUCGUACACCACGGAUAGCGGGAGGACGCAUGUGGGAUCUGGGAUGGACAUGGAGUUUGGAGAGUUUGGGUACGAGGCGGUCAAGGCGAGGGCAAGGAAGCGGGAUGGGAGCAAGGAUAGGGCGGCAUCGCACAAUGAUCCCUGGGAUCCCAGGUACACUUUCGAAUGGAGGGAUACCUUGGUCGACGAGCAUGCGCCGGUGGACGUGUCGCAAUCGAAGGGCUCCGAUGGCGGUUCUGACCGGGGGCACGAGGGUUCGAUGGUACAGCGCAGAUCGUCAGGCUACGGCUUUGGUCACGAACGAUCUGCGAGCGACGUUACUAUGGCGCGGGAUGGAGGUGCUGGCGUGGCUGAGCCUCUACUAGCGCGAACGCGGGAUGCGUCAAUCAUACAGAUCCAUGGCGAAGACGGGAGCGUAAUCGCCAACAUGGAUUCAUCGGUCGGAAUGGCGGGCAUUGGAGCAGUAUCGGCCAGGGUAAGUAGUAUGCAUGGACGGACAGCGAGUGGUGGGAGUGUGGGGAGUGUAGGUGUGUUAGGUGGGAGUAGCGGUGUACGUCCUGGGAGCUCGAUGUCGGGGAGGUUUGGGGAGAGUGUGAGUCCGGGGAUGUUAUUGCCGCCAACGCCAUCGAGUCCAAGAUUCCCGAGAGUUGCCCCUUCGCCGCCACCGCUGGACGUUCUGUGA